AUCAUGACCUGAGCUGAAGUCGGACGCUUAACCGACUGAGCCACCCAGGCGCCCCAAUAUAGCAUUCUAUUUUUUAAGUAGGCUUCCAGUGUGGGCCUGGAACUCACGACCCCAUUGUCAAGAGUUGCACACUCUACCAACUGAGCCAGCCAGGUGCCCCUCGAGCCAGUUUUAUAUAUUUGUGAAUUGACAGUUUAUGUCUUUCGCUAUUGGUAUUUUUUUUUCUUUUUCUUUUACUUUUUUUUAAAUGUUUAUUUUUGAGAGAGAGCGCGCGCGUGUGCAUGCACACGAAUGGGGGAGGGGCAGAGAGAGAGGAAGACCCAGAAUCCGAAGCAGGCUCCAGGCUCGGAGCUGUCAGCGCAGAGCCUGACGUGGAGCUUGAGCCCCCAAACCUCGAGAUCAUGACCUGAGCUGAAGUUGGACGCUUAACCCACUGAGCCGCCCAGGUGCCACGCUAUUUAUAUUUUUCUUUUGGGUUUUUUUUUCCCCCCUGAUUUUACAAGUUCUUUAUGUAUUAAGGAUAACCGUAGCCCUUUAUCUGUGACAUGUAUUGCAUAUAUUUUUUCUAGUUUGUCAGUUGGAAUUUUUUCUGUUUAUGUUUUUUUUUUUUUUCUUUUAAUUUGUAUUUUAAGUAGGCUCCACGCCCAGUGUGGGGCUUGAACUCAUGAGUCUUGAGAUCAAGAGUCGCAUGCUGUACUGACUGAGCCAGCCAGGCACCCCUGUUUAUGGUGUUUUGGGAUGUUUUGGAAGAAUGUAGGUCUGUUCCCAAGCUCUCUUCCUACUCCGGAUGGGUGGUAGACCAUGUCUUACCCCACAUGCAAGAGAAUCAACCAUCCUCUGAGACUUCAGAAUCCUCCAGAUCCACUUCAGACCUUGAACAACCUUCCUGUGUUCCCAAAUCUCCCGUCAGAACCCCUGCCUUCUCACCAGUUUCCUCAGCAACACCAGAUGGAGCCGAGGACAAACAUGAGUCCCAGCAUGCAGAACCUAUGGCACUUCAGUCCUCCCGGGGGAUCAAAGUGGAAGGUUGCAUCCGGAUGUAUGAGCUGGUGCACAGAAUGAGAGGAAGAGAGGGCCUGAGGCAGUGGCAAGAGGAGCAGGAGAGGAAGGUGCGAGCCCUCUCUGAGAUGGCAUCUGAACAACUGAAGCGCUUUGAUGAACGGAAGGAACUGAAACAUCAUAAAGAAUUCCAGGACUUACGGGAAGUGAUGGAGAAGAGCUCCAGAGAAGCCCUGGGGCACCAAGAGAAGCUAAAAGCUGAGCAUCGUCACAGAGCAAAGAUUCUCAACCUGAAGCUGAGGGAGGCUGAGCAGCAGCGCCUGAAGCAGGUGGAGCAGGAGCGGCUGCGGAAGGAAGAGGGCCAGGUCCGCCUGCGGGGCCUCUAUGGCCUGCAGGAGGAGGUGCUGCACCUCAACCAGCAGCUGGACGCCUCUGAGCAGCAUAAAGAUGUGCUGAAGGUGGACCUGUCCGCCUUCCGGACCCGGGGCAACCAACUGUGCGGCCUCGUCUCGGGGAUCAUCCGGGCCACUUCUGAGAACGGCUUUCCCACAGCAGAGGACCAGGCUGUGGCUGAGAGAGCCCUGCAGGAAAUGCGGGACCUCCUUACAAGCUUGCAGCAGGAGAUCGCCAGGGCCAGUGAGGACAAGAGGAGGCAGGAUUUGGAGGCCCAGGUAAAGCGGCAAGACUCACACAUGCAGCAGGGGCCAGAGGUCCACAGAGAGACCCCAGCUCCCAGCCAGGGUCCAGGAGGGAAACAGAAUGAAGACCUCCAAGUAAAGGUACAAGACAGUACAAUGCGGUGGUACCACCAGCUGCAGGAUGUUUCCAGUCAGUGCGUGUUGGCCUUUGAGGAGCUGACCAACAGCAAAGACAGUCAGGCCAAAAAGGUAAAGAUGGACCUCCAGAAAGCUGCCACCAUCCCAGUGAGCCAAAUCUCCACCAUUGCAGGCUCAAAGCUGAAGGAGAUCUUUGACAAGAUCCACAACCUGCUCUCCGGAAAACCAGUUCAGUCUGGCGGGCGCUCUGUGUCCGUCACACUUAACCCACAGGGCCUGGAUUUUGUCCAGUACAAGCUGGCAGAGAAGUUUGUGAAACAAGGAGAGGAGGAGGUGGCCUCUCACCACGAAGCGGCAUUCCCCAUUGCGGUUGUGGCGUCUGGGAUCUGGGAGCUCCACCCCAGAGUGGGCGACCUCAUUCUUGCACAUCUCCACAGGAAGUGUCCCUACUCAGUUCCCUUCUACCCACCUUUCAAGGAGGGAAUGGCUUUGGAAGACUACCAGAGGACGCUUGGCUACCAAGUGAAAGACUCCAAAGUGGAACAGCAGGACAACUUUCUAAAGCGCAUGUCUGGGAUGAUCCGACUCUACGCCGCCAUCAUCCAGCUCCGGUGGCCGUAUGGAGGCCGACAACAGAUUCACCCUCACGGCUUAAAUCAUGGCUGGCGCUGGUUGGCACAAAUCUUAAAUAUGGAGCCCCUGUCAGAUGUGACAGCCACUCUCCUCUUUGACUUCUUGGAGGUGUGUGGGAAUGCCCUCAUGAAGCAGUACCAGGUACAGUUCUGGAAGAUGAUACUUCUCAUCAAAGAGGACUACUUCCCCAGGAUUGAAGCCAUCACAAGCUCAGGACAGAUGGGUUCCUUCAUACGCCUCAAGCAGUUCUUAGAGAAAUGUUUGCAGCGCAAGGAGAUUCCUGUCCCCAAGGGCUUUCUGACCUCCUCCUUCUGGCGUUCCUGAUGGCACCCCGGCGCCCACCAUCUCUGUUCUGUUGCAGAGGGACAAUAAUAAAGCAACUGAAAACAGCUGCAUUUGGGAGAAGUCAUAUCAGAUUUAGAAAUCUACCAACCUGUGCUUUUAUAUAUUUGUACCCAUGACUAGGAGAGGAGAUCGUUCAGGGGUCCCAGAAUCUAGGAGGUCUCUCGUAGGUUGGACAGUCCUUAAGGGAUCCACAUGACAGAGUAAAUGGAAUCGGCUUUUCUCACUUCUACAAAUAUGGUGAGGUGUUUAGUUCUUGGUCUCCUCCUUCAUUUCCUUUGUCUCUGCUGUCUUUCAGAAAGUAGGUGGUACCUUAACCAUUUCCCUCUGAGCUGAAGUAAGCCCCCCACGCCUACUCCCCCGCCCUGCUGCCCCUCCCCAGAGUACAGGUUAAUAGCUGAGGCCCAAAUGCUUACAUGAAAGUCUGGGCUAUGGUGGUUUUGUUUUCUCAGCUUGUGGAGUAAUCGUAAAUUCAGAGGAAAUGCCUGAUGCAGACGUGGAUUAAGCCCCAAAUUGUAUCAGAGAUAGUUUAGCAUCCGGGAUUAGGACUGUUGAUACAUGUUAUAUUGAACAGGAAGCACUGUUUGUCCUUUUAAUUGGGACUUUGCCCCCUGAAGGACUAGGGGUGCAGGAGCCAGAGCAAGUGUGGGGUUUUGUUUGUUUGUUUGUUUGUUUGUUUGUUUCUGAAUUUGAAUUAAGUUGAGCUGAGAUGGGUUUGCAACACUAUACAAGAGCCAAGCAUCUACAGGCAAUGAUUCAGGGGUUAAAUGAAGGUGUUCGGGAGGAACUGAGAACUGCUUUAUAAUUGUUUACAUGUCCUGAAUGAAGAAUGAUGAUAGAUUUGCCUGAAUAAAGCCACGACAGAAAUUCAGAACCCGGCUGUUCGGAUGAGAAUUGAGAUUUGUUUUACAAAAGACUCACUGUCUUUUGUAGUGCAGAGGCAGGGAUAUACCCCUCUGUACCACCUGUUGUGUGUGGGGAUGUGUUUUGGGGGAGUGGGGGUAUUCCCUGGUACUCCUGAGUGGCUUGAAGUAACACACUCUAUGAAUUGUUGACUAUGGUGCCAAAAAAUAAGUAAUAAAGCUUGAUUUUAAAAAACCCA